UCAAGUACUAGCUCCAGAGAGUGGGUGUGUUAUUUUGCGUAAUGCAAACCACACUAAAACUGUACUAGUACAAAAUAAAGACGGCAUCAAAGGAUCCAUAGCCAUCCAUGACUAUAUAAUCCCAGCGGCAGCACUGAGUUUGCUAAACAACCACGGAGCGUCAAGCCUGAAAAGCUUCUUCAACCUGUUGCUGAGAUAACUGAACCCAACCACGCGAUCAUGGCACAGUCCAAACAAGCCGGUGCAACAUUUGUCUUGCUCCUUCUCAUGGGAGUUAUCCACGCAUCAAUGUCCAGUGAUUCACCCAUGGAUUCACAGAGUUCACCUCAAUCUUCAUCCAAAGGUCACUGCUGUAAUGAGUGCUACAUGGGUCAGCCAGGAACACCAGGCAUUCCUGGAAACCCCGGAUUUAACGGAAAUCAGGGUCCGAUGGGACCAAAAGGGGAGCCAGGAUUUGGUCUCCAAGGGCCUAAGGGAGACACCGGCGAUCCCGGAGAGAAAGGCAACAGCGGCGAGCCAGGCGUUCGAGGCCCGCCAGGAAAAGUAGGCCCAUCUGGUGUCUAUGGUGACAAGGGCGAGAAAGGUGGCAAGGGAGAACCUGGUGAUACAUCCCUAGUGACACCUGCACCGCCCUCCGUCGUUGGCUUUAGUGCCUGGAAGUCUGAAGUGCUGACUGGGAACCUAAAUGAUGUCGUCAUCUUUGAUCACGUCGUAACGAAUGUCGGCGGUGGAUACAGUUCGCAAACCGGCAUUUUCACGUGCACAAUUCCUGGGCUGUAUUUCUUCACUGCUAGCUUACUCAGCCAGAAUAACAGACGAACCCUUUACGUAAAGUUGAGAAAGAACGAUGAAAUGAUCGUUUCUUUAUACACUAAUGACCCCGCAAUCCAUCGUCAAGUAAGUAAUUCAGUGGUCAUUGAUUUGGCAGCGGGAGACAGAAUUUGGCUUGCGUUCGGCGGACAAAACGUUGGUUUCUUUGGUAACGUCAAUAGGCAUUCUUUCUUCUCUGGUUUUCUUCUUCAGCCAAUGUAAAAUCAACAUUGUGUGAUGAAUAAUUAAGACCUCAAACGCAGCGAUGCAUUUUAUAAUAAGCACAUGCAAAUUUAAACAUUAUACAAAAGGAAUCAAUCUUGUCGCCAUGUUACUGUCAGAGCCCUAUAGUUUUUUGAAGACAACUCUCUCACACUGCAUGGCUCUGGCUUUGCAAAGGCGUGGAGUUUAAGACAUUAUUUAUAUUUCCCAAAAAUGCUCUCCGAAAAGUUAAACAAAAAGUCAGUGAUACAGGACUUUUCCUGUUUAUUUUGUAUGUCACCUGUUGCGUUAUACUGAAAGUUGGUUUCCGACUGUUCUAGGUCGUCGCAAGGCUGACCCUCGGUUUUAACCUUUUAAGCAGUUUCUUUAUUGCAAAUAAACAUGUUUCUUGAUGUUUUGUUACGUAAUUUUGCUGAAUUUUAACGUCAGUUUGAUUCAAGGGGGAAAAAUUGAAUGCAUUUUAGUAUUGUAUAUUUAAAAAAGUGUUAGUGCAUGAGAUAUUUGUAAUUGUAUUUUUUUGUUUCAAGAGUUGCGAGUGAUUUAUAUAAAAUGUUUAAUUUUAGAUGAAGGCUUCGGCACAUAAUGUCCCUUUAGUCCGCAUAGAUAGUCAUCAUAAUUCAGAAUUAUUCACCUUCGUUUACACUUGCCUGUAUUGGAGAACAUUAUAAUCAUUACUAACUGCACAGAUUUGAUAAGGUGUAUUUAUAUUAUUCUUGUCUAGUAUGCUUUACUUCCUAUAUUUAAGUAUAAUUUAGCAACCAAAAAACACACACUCCAGCAGAAGCCGCUUGUUGCCUUUAAAGAUGUACUUCGCUUCGUUCCAAAAAUAAAAAAAAAUCAUAAAUAAAUUGUUAGUUUUCUGGCGAAACAAAAGUUUUUCACUUUUGAAUAAGACAUCGACCGUAAACAAAAGCAUCCAAGAAAACACCAAUACAGUUUGGAUCGGGAACCAGUCUGCUCGCAGGGAAAAUCUGUUUGUGCACAAAAUCAACUCAAAACAAUCUCCUUUUGAAGAUUCAGAAGCCUAAAAUUGACACCCAAAAUAUUUGUUGUAAUAAUCAAACACUCCAAAGUCCGAAUUCAUUAGGAGAAAAUGAUCGAAUUAGUAAUGUGCAGCACGGACAGGAUAUCAUUAAGUUAAGUUGUAUAGUGCUAAAGAUGUUUACAACCAAUCCAAGUAGAUCUGAGUUGAUCUAAAUUGUAACUUUUAAAAUAACCUUGAAAUCCAACCGUUGUAUACUCCUACCCGUUGAUUCUAAUCCUAUAGAUGUUUGAAAUAUCUGAGUACCGUUAUAAGAAGGAUUUUUUUUUUUUGGC